UCUUGUAAAUAAAGCCAAUAACAUUGAGAAAAAGCAUAGAAAUUAAUCGAAGACAAUCGAUCCUUCGAUAGUCGAUAGUAAUCGAUUCUGCGAUAGUCCGCCCUUCCAUUUCAAAUUCAAAAGGAUUGCCAAGGCAACGGCAGGAUAAACAAACAUGACGCAUUCCGCGUUUUGUGCAACAGUUUCAACUGUGAAAAGAAAUUUAAAGAUAAAUGAUAGAUAAAAAAUAUUAUUUAAAAUGUUACAAAAUAUUUAUAACGUAAGACAGUGAUUACCGUGUUCGAAAUUCCAUUAUUCUUUUUUGUAAUGAUUAGGUAAACUGUCUGCUUGUCCAUGCUAGUCUUAAAAAUCAUUUAGCGAUGCCCUUAUUCUUCAAUAAGUUUUCCCCCAAGAAGACGCCAACUAGGAAGGCGUCCGUUUUCCUGGCAAAUAAAAAUUUAAGCCCUAAACGAAUAGAGAAGGAACUCGGCCCGGAAGUGGGUCCUAUACGCCUCCGCCUUGGAGAUCAGGAAGCUAUUUUUGAGGCUGGUCUGUGGAUUCCAGAGUCUGGUAAGGUGGGAGGUACUUUCAAAGAGAAUGAAAAAUUAAAAAAAGAAGUGAGACGACUGGAGGAAGAGAAUAAUCUGUUAAAACUAAAGUUUGACGUACUCUUAGAUAUGUUAACACAAACAACUGCCGAAGUUCACUCACAAAAGGAAGAAUUAGAGAAACUAAAAAAUUUUUCUCUUAACAGACGAGUUGUCGUUUGAUCCAUUGUUACUUGCUUGUU